AUUACCAAUUUUAUACGCAUUUCCUACGUUUAAUUAAUCAGAAUAAGAAAGAAGCAUUGAAGGAAUCAAAACUCACGUCAGGAUCUUAUUGAAGCGGUCGGGAGGGGAAUGGCGGAGAAUGAAGAAAUCAUGGAGGUGGACGCAGAUUCAUACGGUAAUAAAGUUAAACAACGGUUGAAAGAUCGAACAAAGUGUAAGGAGAUGCUAACGAAGCAAGCAGAGCAGACAAAGGAGAUCUUGUCGAAGCAAGCCGUUAAGAUUGCUAAACAGGCUGAAGAGCAUGAAAACUUCAUCAAUAAGGUGACACACUUGCUUGGUGUUCUUUUCUUUGGAGGCUUCUGCUUCAUCUUGGGUGCAAGGCCACAGGAUGUUCGAUAUCUCUAUUGUUUAUUCUAUGUCAUUUUUGUCCCACUUCGAUGGAUUUAUUACCGAUACAAGAAGUUGCACUAUUAUCUUCUUGAUUUUUGCUAUUAUGCCAAUACAAUAUUCUUGAUCAUGCUUCUGUUUUAUCCCAGAAAUGAGAAACUUUUCUUGGUGUGCUUCUCAUUUGCGGAGGGGCCCUUGGCAUGGGCACUAAUCGUUUGGCGUUGUAGCUUAGUUUUCAAUUCCAUGGACAAGAUAGUAAGCGUCUUUAUACAUAUCUUGCCUGGACUUGUUCUGUUCACAAUCCGAUGGUGGGACCCAGUAUUCUUCGAGGAGAUGCAUCAGAAUGGGAAUUCUCAUACAGGAUCAUGGCUCUAUGCAGAGACGAAAUCGUAUCUGUGGACAUGGCUUUUCUUUGUUCCUUUAGUAGCCUAUGUUGUCUGGCAGCUUCUUUAUUUUCUCAUCGUAAAUGUGCUACGUGAACAGAGACUGCUGCGGGAUCCAGAAGUCAUGACCUCCUACAGGGAACUGUCGAAAAAAGCACAGAAAGCAAACAACAUGUGGUGGCGCUUGAGCGGUCUGCUGGGAGAU